AUGGCUGUCACUGAAACAAAUGUUCCAACAUUUGAGAUAUCCCAGCCUGUGGUUUCCAGUGGUGAUAUGGUAUUUGCUUCUAUGAGUACAAAGGAAGUGGAUCGUGUUUCUUCUAAUGCUAUAGUAAGAACUCGAAGAAGAGCAAAGUGCCUUGCUUCAAAGAUCCUCUCGCCUAAAUUUUUAUUUUCCUUCAUUCCCGCUUGUGCAUUCAUCAUAGCAUUGACUUUUGUUUUAGUAGCUGGAAAAGAUUACGUUAGAUAUGCUCUCGUGUGGCUGGAUAAUCAAGAAGAAUGGAUUGUUUGUGUUAUGUUCCUUAUUUUAUAUACUGCAGUUUCUUUUCCUAUGACAUGGGGAUAUGUGCUUUUGAACCUUGCCUGUGGAUAUCACUUCGGGCUUAUUUUGGGGACCAUCGUCACUGCUGUUGCAGCUAGUGCUGGAAUUGUGUUUGCUCAUCUUCUUAUGAAGCAUUAUUUCAUUAGUGCAAUAACUGCAAAACUUUUGGGCCCUGAUGUACUGCGAGCAACUGUGUCCACUCUACAAAGUGCACAUGCGUUCAAACUGAUUGCGAUCUCUCGAUUGACUCCAAUACCAUUUGGACUACAAAAUGCUUUUUUCGCAAUCAGUCCAGUGUGCCUUUGGCGUUAUGUUGGUGCUUCAGCCUUGGGACUUUUCCCCACGCAAAUAAUCAGCGUGUACCUUGGCACGAAGGUUCGGUCCAUGGAAGAAGUUUUGGUUGAUGAGAACACUGCUGUAGGUUAUGGGAUGCUUAUAAUACAGAUUGUUUUGAGUGUUGCUCUAUUAGCUUACAUUCUGAAACGAGCUAGACAGGAGCUCAGCAAAUCCAUGAAAGGCGACCUGGAGGAAAUCAUUAUCGGGAGCAAGAGCGUCUCAUCUCCGAAGAAUUCCGACUUCAACUUCAACUACAUUUCUAAAAAACUGCCUUAUGCCUGUUCCGGCAACAAAUCAGCUCGUAUUUGUCUUCUUCAUAGAAUUUAAGAGCAAUAAUUUUUUAUGCAUUUAAGCCCAACGAGGCAAAAUAGAUGUAGAAUGCGCAUGCAGUGAAAUUUUUCGACGGCGUGGAA